UUUUAGCCUUAAGCAUCAUGGAAGAAGUGAAAACGGAACAGCCAGAAGUGAUAACGGAUCAGCCAGAAGUAAUAACGGAAGAAGUGGUAGAAGCUGAGACAAAGACGGAAACGGCAACAGAAACGGUAGUGGAGACGGAGGCAGAAGAAACUGCAGUGACGACGGCAACAGAGAAGGAAGUGGAUCCUAACACGUCAAAUUAUAUCAGACUUCGUGGUUUACCAUUUUCGGCCAAAGAAGAUGAUGUUCGGGCAUUUCUGGAAGGUUUGGAAGUAAGAUCAGUAACAUUUACGCUAACAUCGAUGGGUCGAGCGAGCGGUGAAUGUUAUGUGGAAUUAGUGGAUAAAGCAGCAGCAGAAGAAGCAAAGCGCUUUGACAAGCAAGAAAUGAACAAUCGCUACAUUGAGGUAUUCAACGUAACAGAAAGUGAAGUGGUCUGGAUGACGCGGCAUAAUGUGAUUCGUAAAGGUGAUCAAGACACGCCUUAUAAUUUUGUUGUUAGGCUUCGAGGCAUACCAUUCAGCGCAACGAAUGAUGACGUGAAAGAAUUCUUCACUGGAUUGGAAGUGGCAGAUGUUGUCAUCGACAAGGAGCUGGGGGGUCGCCCAUCUGGGGAGGCAUUCGUACGGUUCGCCAGCAAACAGCAUGCCGAGAUGGCCCUGGAACGGAACAGAAACAACAUGGGUUCGAGAUAUGUGGAAGUUUUUCGAAGCUCUGGUGAUGAACUAGAGAAGUCAAAGGAGGGUCAUAUUGCACCGCCGACGUCUUUGCGAAGUCUUGCUGCUGAACGCAGUUUUCCAGCACCUCGUUCCGAACCUAUACCUCUGCGCUUUGCUACAGCGAAACUUGGUGGGGUGCGCCCGUAUCGAAGAGAGGAGUAUGGAGGUCCUUUGAGAAAUGUCGGUAUGAGUCGCCCUCGUGCUGUUCCUUACGAUGUACCAUACAGUCGUUACUCGCGUUUUCAGGACUACAGCUAUGACGAUGAUUUUGAUUGCGAUGAUCCAGCCAAAGUUUACAUGAGAGGUCUUCCGUACAGUGCAAACGCGCUUGAUAUCGAAGAUUUCUUCAAACCAUUGAACUGUGUCGAAAUUCAGCUGGGUUUCAAUGAAGACCGUCGACCAUCUGGUGAUGCAUGUGUGAUUUUUGGGACGCUAGCCGAAGCGCGAGACGCAAUGUCCAGAAACAAACAGUGCAUUGGUAAUCGAUAUAUAGAACUGUUUACCGCAGCUGAUGUGCCGAUUACGCAAAAGUACGUCAUUUAUCGAAGAAUUGGUGGUACAGGUGACUAUCCAUCAGCAAUAAGUGGAGGAGGUUCUCGUGGUCCAACAGCACUGAAUCGUGUUAAUUGCGGUGGAUAUGAUGAAUGGCUCGAUAACGAUGUGGGAAAUGGACGCUACUCAAGUGUUCAAAGCAAGCCAGUUUCACUGAAUCGUGUUGGGUAUGCAACGAGUGACCCUGCUGAUGUUGGUGGAGCUGAGGGAUGGUCGGAUGCUGAUUCGGGUAGAGGCUAUAGUACAGGAUAUAGCAAUGCUACGGCAGGAUACAAUGCGAGCUAUGCAACAGGAGGACAGCAGUACUAUAACGAUGAGUAUGAAGGAAAACAAUCUUCAUAUGGCUAUCAGUGGAGCAGUGCUGGUAGUUCGGUGAAAACCAGCUGGUAAAAGCUUCAAAAACAGCUGUAAAUUCCUGAAAUUGCAACAGUCAAUGUUGAAAUAUCUUGUUAGUAAGGGUUUUUCCGGUAAAACUAACAUACCAAUUUUGUUGACCACUUGAAUGAUUUGAUCUUAUUCGUUUGUUUUAAUGAUUCUCUAUAUAUUUUUCCUAGCAAGAAAAAACGGCUGGUUGGAAGCUCCUGUUUUUCCUUUUUUUUUCGUCUUCUAUUACGCACUAUUCGGCAUUGUAAUUUCAUAGAAAUCAUUAAAACAAUUUGAUUUCUGUUAUUCUUAAAUAGGUCAAUGGAAUUAAAAUCUUGAAUGAUGAAUGAGUUUUUUUUCUUUUUUAUCAAUGAACAGUCUUGUACCCAUUUUACAAGUGUUUUUCAUGUUUUGAUUGUUUGCUUUAUAUUUUCAUAUCAUUCUAUCAAUUUCUAAGCUAAAAUAGCAUUGCUGCAAAGUUUCAAAUAAAUUUUCAGAGAUGACUCAUUUUCUACGUUUCUUGAAUUUGUUUGCAAAUAUUCACCGAAGUUUGCUAAAUUACGCAAUACAUCGCAAAAUUAUACAAUAUUAUUUAGCAUAGCAUUGUCUGAUCUCGUCGUUAUUUCCUCGGAACAAGUGUGUACUUUUUAUCAGUUUUCUUAAAACAUUUUAUGUUAGCAUAAGGUGUUUUCAUUGGCAAGGAAAAUUUUAAUUGUUCGUG